AAUCAUAAUUGACUAAUAAAAACAAAAGCCAAGAUUAGGUUGAAUAUAUUUAUAAGAGCUUGUUGCUCCCUUCAUUUCUCAUUAUAAAUCCGGCCUGCUAACAAGUUAAUAUAUAUGGCAUCAAUAGGUGACAAGACUCGUGUUGCUUCAACCGAGCACAGGGUGGCGGUUGUGACCGGAGGAAACAAAGGUAUCGGGCUUGAGAUAUGUCGCCAGUUGGCCUCAAACGGGAUCACUGUCGUACUAGCCGCUAGAGAUGAGGGUCGGGGAUUGGAAGCUGCCGGCAAGCUCAAAGAUUCCGGGCUCUUGAAUGUUGUUUUUCAUCAACUCGAUAUUAAAGAUCCAACGAGUAUUUCUAGGUUCACCAAAUUCGUCGAAUCUCAAUUUGAGAAACUUGAUAUCUUGGUGAAUAACGCAGCUGAAAAUGGACUUAUUGUAAAUUAUGAUGAAUUUAGAGCCUUCAAAGAUGGAGCAGGAUAUGAGUAUGUGUAUGAUGAAAACGCACACAUUUUAGCGUCGAUGAUAGAGGAACCUUAUAAUUUGGGGGAAGAAUGUAUAAAGACGAAUUAUUAUGGAACUAAAGCAGUAACCGAAGCGUUACUCCCCCUUCUCCAACUCUCAAACACACCAAGAAUCGUCAAUGUUUCUUCAAACUAUGGAGAGCUACACUGGAUCAGCAAUGAGACGGUGAGAGCCGAGUUCUUAGAUAUCGACAACCUUACCGAAGAAAGGAUUGAUGGGAUCAUUCAAAGGUUUUUGAGGGAUUUCAAGGACAAUAAGUUGGUUGAGAACGGCUGGCCUCUAACGUGCGCUGCUUAUAAGAUUGCAAAAGCUUCACUUAAUGCUUACACAAGGCUAAUGGCGCGAAAGUAUAAUAAUAUUCUUGUCAACUGUGUCCAUCCGGGGUAUGUUAUAACCGAUAUCACAUCUCACACGGGACACUUGACCCCAGAAGAAGGCGCCAAAGCUCCUGUAAUGCUUGCGUUGUUACCUAACGAUGGUCCUUCGGGUGUCUACUUCAAUCAAAUGGAAAUAGCGUCGUUUUGAUCGACAAUGCUAUGAUGCUAUGUUACUUGAUCAUGUCAAAAUUAAUAAAUUUGUACUCUUGGUUCUAAAAAAUCACAAAGUGUUAGUUAUAUAUCUUAUAUAUAAAAUAAUUAAUUAUGACUUGCUUCCCUAA